AUUAUUUAUGAUUGUUUCGGUUGGCUUGGUGCACGUGCUUUCGGGUUGGCACUUCAACGAAGGGUUGACGUACGCGUUAUUUAAAAGCUUUUCGGCGUUCGGCAGGCAAAUUUUUUUUUGUAAAUGGCCGUUUGCAGCGCUGACGUCUCUGUGGCGCGCACUGCCGGUCGCCUUGUUUUAGUGUAAACACAAGCAUGCGUCCGGAUAGACGUGGUGCGUGGUAAGGAGUGCAACCUGUGAUCCCGUCCUUGUUUACGGACAGAGCCGUCGGAGAGACCCCGUAUACGGCUUUCAACUGCUCCCGGUCGCGUCCUUCCGGGAUGGAGCUCGAAGAUUUCGCACUCAUCUCCAUCGGCUGUUGCGGUGACAACGCCGACGGGGCGAUCAGUCUUUUAGAAAAGCUCGCAAGCUGUUGGCGAAGCUCGAUCUAUGCCCCUGUCAGCGGCGGCGAUUCGGCCAAUUCAGCGACCUGCAGCUGGCCUCACGAUUCCGUGACUCGCACGACCAGGCUGGUUCUCCAAGACGCCUGCCUUCGCCACGAAGACAGAUUGUUGGACGCCCAACAACCUUACGCUUCUAGCCUGCGCCUGCUCGUACGGGCCGUAACACCUGCCAUCUCCGCUCUCCUCUGUGACCCCCAGUCUAACUUAAGCCCUCAGCGUCAGGCGUUUUCGACGAGCCUCUCUGACAUCGUGCCGCACCUUCUAGAAUGCGCUAGCAGGCUUGGAGAGGACGAACUGAAGGCGGCGUGCGACGGUGUCGCCAGCUCAGCCGAAACCUUCCUUUCUGCUUCUCUGAGCGACAGUCUCGACCCGUCGUUGCCGCUUGUAAACCUAUGCUUCGAAUGCUGUCAAGCGUUGGUUCGAAUCGGCAACAAAUGCGGACGUCUCGAAAACUUGUCGCAGCUAAUGCUGGACGCUCUAAAAGUGGGCAAACCUGCAAUAAUGUCUCGCGUAAUUGCGAGGUACGUGCCCGAACUCGCAACUUUCCAAAAAGCCGAGUUGCGGUCGUUUGUCAGGAGGGCCCUGGAAAUUGUGCGCUCGUUUUUCGGUGCGGACGACAACGGAUAUCUAUUGGAGAAGAACCACGGCGGAUUCUCGAUAUUGUGCGGGCUUGCCCAGUACCUGCGACACACUGUUUUUCUGAAGCCAAGUGAGAGCGCCACAGUCUGUGACGACUUGUUCUGGCAGAUUGUGCAGCACGGCUUGGUACACUCCGACUCACUGGCACGAAAGAGGUCUAUGUACGUCAUGAAGCACGUUUUAGACGCAUGCUGCGAUGAGAAAUUGGUCCUCUCUUGUCUUGUAUUCACCUGGAAUCCAGACGAAGCAGCUGAGCUAAAGGGUGUUUGGCAAGAACUCUUUCUGGUUUUGGAAGUGCUUGAAGAAAAACAGCCCCAUGUUGUGAAGCCAAUGCUGGCAAAGUUUGCGUCUUUCUUGGAGCGCAUGGAGGGCUCCCCGAAAGUCCAUGCCUCCUGGUUACUCCUGGUGUUCCACCGGAUGCUGACGCACGAAAGCCGGACUGUGGCCAAGUGGGCAAUCUCGAAGUUUACAAGCUCGCUGGCUUUGGUGAAGCUCAUGUUCGACAACAACAUGGAAAAGUUUGUCCUGGGUCCUCUCGUACGCUCUUUGAAUGACUGUGCCAUCUUUGCUAGGGAAGAUACCGAUCCUCUCGGUUCUCCGGCUCGUCUGUCAGAAAGCCUCAAAGCUUUCUUUAAACACUGCCACGACGUGUUGUCAACCACUGACAAAUUCGGAGGUUUCCUCGAAAAGCUGUUUGCAGCCCUGUCGAAGCAAUCCUGGAAUGGGGUUUCACUCAUGUACAUCAGCUAUGCCCUUCUCGGCCUCAAGAAGCAGCCAGUGCUAGGCGACUCCGCACUUGUCAGUGUUGGGGCAGUGAUUGUUGACAUACAGCGGUUUCAAGAGCCGGUGUUACGGGCAGCUGCUCAGUGCUAUCUAUUGGUUGUCUGCCUUCGGCUGCUUGAUCCGACGAAAGUGGCCUACCGUCAGCUCUCAGCAUUCCUGGGUCUCUUUGAGAGAGAAGAGGUCAUAAUGAGAGGCUCGGCUCAGUGGAAGGUGACUGUGUCGGCGCUGCGAGAGCUCCUGCUGACCGAGGACUCUGCAGAACAGGGUCUCCGGCCAGCGGAUGUGACCAGCUUUCUGGCGCACUCAGUUAAGGACCUUAUCGAAGCCAGUUGUCCCAGCUCUAUGGCAAACAUGACCUGUGUGCGUCGGCUCGCCAGGAUGGCAAUGCUGUUCCACGACGCAAGGCUGUUGUGCGGAGACAUCACGUGGGACAAGCUUCUCGAAGGGAGCAUCGAGAUUCUGAGCGCCUCUGGCACAAGGCCUUACCUCGCACGACACCAUUCGCUUAGGGCUGCGCAGCUGCUCAUCGCGAUCUACCAUGAAGCCAGGCCAGUGAACGGUGACUCUUCCUUGCAAGAAGAACUGCUCUUGUUACUCGUACCACGUUCCGAGGAGAUGCACGAGUACAUCUACAAGCUUGCCUUUCUUUCAAUCAACAGUUUGGAUGACUUUGAAGAGACUCAGGUGCACUACCAGUUCUUGAACAUUCUUGCCGGCGAGCGUGAGUUCAACUCCCUUUUCUACCAGUUCAUCAAUGAGGGCCUUGAGACUUGCAGAGUGAAGCUCAUGCAAUCAAUUACAUCGGCAGUUGUGUCGGUGGAAACGGUGCCUUACUGGAGGUUCCUUCGCUGGGUCCUCAAACGCUUUCCUAGGAAGACGAAUGAAGUGGAAGCAUUGCUUCUUGAAGUAGUUGAGAAAGGAAGCAUCUCAAGGCCGAUCAAAAGACCUGACUCAUGGAUCAUCCAGGACCGAGUUGCCAAGUCGCGCUGGGUGGCAUUUGCGGCCGCAGUGACAGAGCUCGUUUGGGAGAGCGUCUCCAAAAUGGCUCUCUCCACUGACGAGCUCUGCAACAGGCUGAUCAUGGAAGCCGUCGAAGCCUUGGAGACAGCUUCGCAAAAGUCGUGCCUUCACAUUCUGAAGGCUGUGUCGCAUGCCUUGUCACUAGUUAAGGUCAUUGAUGCUGACCUCUUGUCCAAGUGCCUUAAGGCCUGCUGGCAAAGCUGCAAGGACCUGAAGAAGAGCGACAUAUUCCGACCAGCUGUGGAGAUGUUCAUCAGUUUUGCUUUCCAGCCAUCACUACUACAGCCUAACCGAGGAUGCCUGCUAAGUCAUUAUCUGGAUGAGCUGCUGAACCUGGGAGAAGUGAUGCCGGGUGUCUUCUGUGCCCUUAUUACAAGACUGAUAGAUGUAUGGAAGGGCAGUGUGAAACUGAUGGACAGCCAACUGGAUGUCAUGGUUAAGGCUCUGACGUACGGACCCGUUUACCGCAAAGACCAACGGAUCGUUUUUGAUUCUGAGGCCUUCGUGACAGCGCAAGGCGAGGCCCUGUCCGUCAACCAGCUGCUGCGAAGUGAACACCAAGCUGACGUUGAAGUUCGAGCACUGGGAAUCGCCUUCCUGAUCCAGCUAAGCUCUAGUGAGAAAACAUCUGUCCAGACUGCGGCUAAGCUUUCAGAGGCCCUGGUAAAGUACGACCGUGAGGUUACCUCAACGCGAAAGCGCUACUUUGGGAACUCAACGAUCCACCGAAUUAAAAACAGGGUCUGGCAAGCUCAGCUGUGCCUUCUGCAUCUCUUGAGUGAGGAAAUGUUUGAAAAACUUCUGGAACACGUUUUUCAAGAGCUCGUUGAAGACAGCCAACAACCGUCAAUUCGUUGCUUGCUGGAGUGGACGGCUGUCUCUAUUUUGCUCCGCACACCUCGACUUCGUGCAAAGCUGGUGCCCGCCAUGGAACAGGCAGGUACCGAAAGGACAGGAAGCGUGUGCUCUUUCCUGGCUAUUAUCAUUCACCUGGGUGCCUGCCUCGAUCCUGAAACAGAACUGGAGUCGCACCUCCUGGAAUUCCUUCCUGCUGUGCUUCCCUGGAGCAUGGGGCAGCACUUCAAUGCAAGGGUGUAUGCCCAAGUGGCACUUCACCUAGCUUCACGUUGGAGCAAAGAGCACGGAUUGAGCUCAGUUACGGAGAAGUACGCCGCCCUGUUCACGUGUCUGAAGAGCACCAUUCAGAUGGGGAACUGGUCAAGAAAUGUUGAAAAGCUCCUGGAGGAUUUUUACUUCAAGGACUUCAAUGCUGUUGACGACCUUACGCUUCAGACAAUAUUCUGUGACCUUCCUCGUCUAACUGGUCUCACGGACAGGGAGUUCAUUCCACUCGCUGUUUUUGAAGAAGUCCUCACCAUGAGUCCUGAGAAGCUUGCCUUGCCGUUAUACAACCUUGACGACCGGCUUUCCUCUGCUAAACCCAGCCAUUGGCUUGAAGGAACUCAUGCGGAGGCUGAAGUGGUUCUUGACAAGGAAGACUACCAGAAAAAGAUCACCCCCUGGAAGCAGCAGCUGGCCUCGUGCGACCUGAUGUGGGACCUCAGCGUACCGAAAAAGAAGACUGGUGAUGGCCUGAUCGUCGUCGCCUCGCUGAUCGACCGCAUUCCUAACUUGGGUGGUUUGUGCAGAACCUGUGAGGUAUUCGGAGUGAAUGAGUUUGUGGUUGGCUCGCUGAAGUACCUUGAAGACAGGAACUUCCAAGGACUGAGCGUUUCGGCUGAAAAAUGGAUCACCAUAAGCGAGGUGAAAGUACAUCAGCUGAAAGAAUAUCUACCCGGAAAGCGAAGUGAAGGGUAUACCCUGGUAGGUGUCGAGCAGACCACUGGGAGCAAACCGUUGCACGAGUUUAGCUUCCCACAGAAGACACUGCUCUUGCUUGGAAAUGAGAAAGAAGGACUCCCGGUUGAGCUGAUUCAGCUGCUUGACGUCUGUGUCGAGAUUCCUCAACACGGUGUCAUACGUUCUCUCAAUGUUCACGUUAGCGGAGCCAUCUUGGUAUGGGAAUACACGAAGCAGCACUUUGCGUUGCCUGCCGCGGAAUAAUCUCUAGCAGUGCGCGGUCAUGUCGCUCAGCUGUAACGGCCACUGGCUGUUCUAGAAUUGCCGUCUUCUUGCACCGAGCAGUGCAAAGUGUAUGUAUGCUUGCAUCAUCUACGAUGGCACUGAAGCCUUUACGUCUUGAAGUCUUCCAGCAAACUCGGCAUUAGCCCGGGAAAACUAAGGGUGGCCUGAAUGAAGCCUGAAGUGAGUAAAUUUAUCUAUCGUUAAUGAGCUUUUCCAAAGUGCUGCACAGUGAAUUGACAAAGGUGUGGAGCUUGCACAAAGCUUUUUACCCUCUCACAUGGCAACUUACUGUGCAGAAGUUUACUGUUGCUCGUGGUAAAUUCUGUAACCAUAGGUAAAUUUACUCAUGAGUAAAGUGUUUGAUGCUACCAGGAAGAAUGCACAAUACUCUGCUGCGUCAUGUGUCUGGGUAGCUUGUGUCGGAGAUGGUGGCAGUGCUGGGGGUUGCGACAUUAAAUAUAUACAGGCCUGCUUGAGCCUUGCAGAACUACUGCAAGCGAAUGCUGUACCUGCUGUCGUUUUCACUGCUAAGAAGACAUUUUCAACUAGUUGUUUCGAGAUGCUCUUGUAGCGUUAUAAAGUUGUGCAAGACAGCAUUCAAGCUGUAUUGCGAGUACAGUAAUGACCAGGUGCUUCAGUGCGCAUAGUGGAGCUGGCUUUGUCUCACAACGCAGUUUAGGUGCUGCUUUGCAUUGCUUCUGAAGCACUGCUGAUGCACUCUGGAACAACCAGAAGACACCAUGAUAGGAGUAACCACUAUUUGGCAAUGCCAAGCUUUGUCCAGGAAUAUCAGGAAUAUGUCACUUUGUUUUAGGCAGCUUGAGGCCGCUAAGGUAAAACACUGUCAUCUCAAGAGCUUGCUGCCAGGCCUCUGCAUCAUAGUCCAUGUAACAGGUUGUACUACCCAUGGAAAUUGUGUGCAUUCUUGAGUCAGAGGGGACACAACACCCUGCUGCGUCAUGUGUCCCAAGCAGCACGGGACCUGGGGCCCAUGUAGAGCCAACAUGGCCCUAUGUAGGACCAGUAUUUCUCAAUAAUGUGCAUACACCUGUCAAUGUUGGGCCAGCAUUGGGCUUGGCUUUUUAUGUCAUGGUUAGUGUCCCAGUGAAACACCAUGGAGACACAGAACACAGUGCUGUGCCGUAUGCUCUUUUUUCCUUGGCAUCCCCAUACUCGCGUUCUAUGGGGUCAACAUGGUCAAAUGUAUGACCAAUAUUUCUCUUCGUCAGGCAUUGACCCCGUCUCUUGUAUUGCUGGGUCGGUGAUUCAGAGAAGAGGCAGAACACUCUAAAGACGCACAGUGCUGCAGUGUGUCAUGCACCGUUCCUUGGUGUAAAAUCAUAGUGGGUAACUAAGUGUAGAUCAGACACAGGCCAUUCUAAUUCCUUCAUGGCGCAAGUCAGCCACCAAACCACUUGAUAGCUUCGCCAAAGGCUUUACACAAUCUAUCAUGGCGUGCCACCGUAUUUUUUGUGGUGUAUAUAGCCAUGAGUGGCUGCGCUAGAAUGUACUUUUCUUCUAUUUGCACUGAGCCAUGCUAAUUGGGUGCUGUCAUAAUACAUAAAGGCACUGCCACCAUCACAUCUUCAAGUCUCACUCUACAUUACAUGUUGCUCCGUGCAACAGUACUUUGUAAUCUGAAUUCUAUUCACAUUCACAUGCACUUCUCUGUGAAUUGUCAAGUUCCAUGUUCGCAGUAGGAAUGGAGACAUGGCAAAUGAGAGUUCUGAAAUGGCGAGUUCUCUAUGGAAGCCUCUAUCUUCUUUUUUUCUAUUUUGACUUUAGUUUGAAUGAGGAAACAUGUAUCCACCCUUGUCAGAUAGGUUUUGAUAAACUUGUGGCGGCCUUGCUCCACAUGCUUUUAGUCAUAGUGAUGCUCUACAUGGGCGAAAUUCUAGGUCGGCUGGGAUAAUGUCAUCAGGCCGAUCAUUCAGAUGUUGUUCCUGUGCACGUUAUGACCAUGUUUCAUAUUUAAGAGUGUAGUGUGUUGUAGUGUGUAUAGUACUAUUAUAUAAAUUUUAGGUUUUCAGACAUUAUAUGCAGUCAAACCUCAGUAUAACGAGCCUCAGUUUAACAAAAUUCGUGAUAUAACAAACUAUUUUCAUUUCCCGAUCUUAGUACCACUGAAAACUCUGCAUUUUUUUCGCGAUUUAACGAUGCCAUUUCGUCAUAAGCUUUUGAUUUAACGAAGUUUUCAGCCAUUUCAAAUGUACUUGGAGCCUGUAUGGCUACUAAAUCUCGCAAAAUACUAUAAAAAUGUCAGCCGAGGCAAAAGUUAUUCGAAGUGUCCUGCAUGAAAAGCUUGAGCGGAGCCAUCAGAGCGCGCGCGCCGGGACACGGUACGCAGGAAACACUGCUGCGCCAUUAGUAGUAUUGGGAAACAACUUGUGGAGGUCGCGGGGGUGCGUGGUAGCUCGCAGCGCUCGGAGGAACACGAGAGCUGACGUUUCUUGUGCGCAAGGGGGGUGGGGCAGUGCCUUCUUGAAUUUUAGGUGGCUUUGGGUGGGGAGGGUGUGAACGUGUGGUAAUUUGAUCAAGCUUGCGCUAUUAGGUGGGGGAGGAAACACGUGUACCUAUCUGCUUUUUCCCCCUAGCACACGUGUUUCCUCCUCGCAUGCGGGGCAUGCGGCCGUAUCUUGGAGGUAAUCCGCGGCAAGUGCAAAGGCAGAGCCGAGGGGGUUGGUGCCUUGAUGUGCAUUGUGUUCCUGCACCUAGUGCUGGUGGUCCCGUAAUGUCAAGUUUCCGAGACACCUUACGAAGUGUUUGCUUGCGUUGAGACAGCGAGUUCGUGGUCAUCGAUUGAGGUAUGUUAACGUUUGCCUGAGCGGCGCGUGACACCGACAAAACUAUGAACUUUACUUCGUAUAGUUGUCUGUUUGCUAUCGCCAUCAAUGCUCAGCCUUUCUGGCAAAACUGACAGUUUUUUUUGUUGCUCAGGCCGAAUAUUUGUAUCUUUUUACACUUUUGUUUUUAAUUUGUGGGCGCCAUCUGAUGAUGGCUGCGGGCGGUAAGCGCGAUCAGCCAUAGUGUCCAAGAUUUACGGUGCCACGCGACGCAACGCACGCAAAUUUCGGCACGCCGUGAGCCACAUCGAUGCAUUGCUCUCGGCGUAAUCUGUAGCGCACACGCUGGCACUCAUAACCGUGCUCUUAUGGCCCAACCUUCUUGUGAUUUGUUUAUAACUGCUCACUGACAAGAUACUAUCCACUGGAAAUGCUCUGGGAAUUAAUGAAUUCCCAGAGCAUUUCAAAUUAACCCUCGCAAUUCGCGAUUUAGCUAAAGGUCUCUAACUUCAUUAUAUCGAGGUUUGACUGGAGCUGCUUUUCUAUUUUCACGUGUGUAGGAUAGUGCGUUUGUAGGUUACAUGAAUUAGGUGCCUUGUAGUAUUUUGUGAAUAUCUACGGGUACUUUGUUGACUUCCCAGCGUUGAGGCCUGUUUUGUGCCAUUUGUGUUAUUCAAGCCUACAUUUAAAGCUUGCUCGCAUGUAUCCAGUGCCAUACGAGUAGACGUCGCUUCAAGUGCUCUUUUGUGUACAGUUUGGAUUGUGGCGGGUUAAUUGAGUGCAUGCCGCUGCAGGUUGACAUGAAAUAUCUGAUGAGAGAAAACUGUAUUAAAGUACAUUUUGUGGUAUUCAUUAAUUUCUGAAAAUUCGUGGUGUACAUUGCAUUUCUACAGAUUGUAAAUCGCCAGGAACCAAGGUAGCUGUGGGAUCUUUGUAGAUAUUUGCCAAGAUAUUCACGUAUGCCUCCUGUGCUCCUUGAUUACAACCCGCCGUGGUUGCUUAGUGGCUAUGGUGUUGGGCUGCUGAGCACGAGGUCGCGGGAUCGAAUCCCGGCCACGCGAUGGGGGCGAAAUGCGAAAACACCCAUGUACUUAGAUUUAGGUGCACGUUAAAGAACCCCAAGUGGUCCAAAUUUUCUGGAGUCCCCAGAAAAUGCACUAUGGCGUGCCUCAUAAUUAUGAGGCACUAUGGCGUGCCUCAUAAUAAGAUUGGGAACCGAGGGGCCCGAUUUUUAUUAAUCAUAUCAUGGCUUCUUAUGAUAUCAUAAUAAGAUUGUGGUUUUGGCACGUAAAACCCCAUAAUUUAAUUUUACUCCUUGAUUACACUUAUAAUGGGCAACAAACACGAUGCUCACGGCAUCUUGUCUAGAACAGGAAGAACCGGUUAUUUAUUGAGAGCAUUGCUUAUGUAGGCAUAAGACAGCAUGCCGCCAGUACUGCACACGACUGAAACGCAGCAGUGCCGAUACAAUGGCUGCUCAUGUCCUAUACUAAUGGGGCCUUAACAGAAUACAUGUAUGCAGAGUAACCAUUUAAAGAAAUUGUAAACUAAUGCAUUAUAUUUGGUGGCCAUUAUUGCUGUUUAUAGGACUGCAAUGGCUGUUUCGAUUGUGAAAUUAUCGACAUUAGGACUUUGGUGGUUCAAUUUUUAUUUUUCCAAGUCUUGAUUUUCAGCUAUAAUAUUCUGGCUAAAUAUUUAAGAAUGCAAAUGAAAAAUCUACCCCUGUUAGUCUUUUAUGUGCAACACAUUUCAUUCACAUAAGUUCAGUGGCAUCUCUGCAUUGAACAGAGAGAGAGAGAGAGAGAUAAAUGAGAUGCGAAAGGCAGCUCAUUUAUCUCUCUCUCUCUGAACAUGUAUUUAAAUAGGGGAACUAUGAUGGCCCUGCGCUAUAACUGUCUCAAAAUGCAAAACCUUAACUGUACUGUUGCCAGUAAAUGUUUACAGAAGCACAAGGAAGAGAUUUGGGACAGUUUGUUCCUUUCACAAUGCACAUUUAUUCACAUAUAUACAGUCAGCUGAAAUUACAUUUGUGCCUGAACACAUGUCCCAAUGCACAGAAAGAAAUGCUCUCGUAUUUAAUUUUGUUCCCCAUUUUACGGUUACCAUGAGUCAUAAUCCAUGCCUUCAUCCAAAUGAAUCUAUUCGUUUGUGACACUGAUUUUACCUGCAAUAGUCUGUAAAAGCUGCUUUUGCAGCAUUCAAUUGGAAACAAUAUAUUCAGUUUGGUACAAAAGCAGUAAUACGAGAUUAGUUGUGUUUCUCCAUUCAGCCACAUAUGUUUGCCAUGUUUGUGGUUUAGUGGUGUUAAAGUGGUGCUAUCAUGAGACAUAUGCAGCACUUGCAUGUACUAACAAUACUGUCCAGUGAAUGCUCUUGAAGUACUAGACCCACAAGCAUUGCCAAGUAGCAGCUUGUUGAUCAUAAUAUAAAAACCAUGCUCGUCUGUUUCAUUAGCUGUUUACUAAUACUAUAGUAAAAAGUUAGGGCAGGUAUUCGCACUGUCUCACUAAGCCAUGGCCAAAAACGCCAACUAUGUUUUGAUUACAAUCAGCUUGUUGCAAUUAGCACACCUGAAUUUUUUAUAAAUUAGAACGAAUUCUGUUUGUACUGCUCACAGGCUAUAAAAUUUAUUACAAGAUUCCCAGAUGUUUCCCAGAACAUUUUUUAACAUUACAUUUACCUCCCUUGAAAAUGUCAUUCAAAAACUGUUUUUCAGUUGACAUUGUUCAGUUUAGCAUAUAUAUUCUCAUUAGUCGAUUGUAUACUUGUUGAUUUUUAAAACUUCGCUUUGGAGUUCCACGGAUACACGACGCCUUCCCGGUGCCUUGUCGCACACCUGGCAGGUUCUGUCACACGUGUUGCCAUGUGGCAAACAACAGAGUGUGUUCAAAUGCGAAAUGGCCCCUAUGUCGGGAGUUGCAUAGUUAGCAUAUGCUAACUAUGUUGUGUGAUUAGCCUCAGUGGCUAUGGCAUUCCAAUGCAGAGCAUGAGGUCGAGGGUUUGAUUCCCCGCUGCGGCGACCGCAUUAUGUCGUCAAACCUUGUUAUAACAAAGUCGCACCUGACACGAACAUACAUUAGUUAUAUCCGAUAUUCGUUAUAAGCGUAUACAGUCGAACCCGGAUAUAUCGAACCCACAUACAACAAAUUAUUGUGUAUAACGAACAGCACUAAAAUCGCCUUGAAAAUUUCUGUAUAAGAUUUUUAUUUUAUAUAGCUAAUUACCUAUAUAACAAACUUUUUUGUGAUCCCCUUCAGAUUCGAUAUAUGUAUUUACAGAGUUCGACAGUAUUUGUGAAAUGCCGAUAUUGGCAAGGAAGAUUUUAGUUUUAGUUCGUCGUGUCCGAGUUCAAUAUGUCGAGGUUUAACUGUAAUGAGGGUAUGCGAAAAUACUCGUGUGUACCGUGCAUUGAGUGCACGUUAAAGGAUGCUGGGCGGUCAAAGUAAAUCCAGAGCCCCCUUCAACAAUGGCAUCUCUUGCAGCCCUCUGUUGCUUUUUCAGUACUCAACCCAAUUAAUUCAUCAAUCAGUGUUGCAUGCGGUAUCUCAAAGACCAUAUCAAGUGCCACUUCUCUCCUUUGAUUGCUACACGGUGGUGUGUGGUACAGUAUUUGCCUAAAAUCUCCAGAGGAAGUUUAAAAUUUGUACGGCGAGCUCGUGAGGAAACGUCGUAGCAGUUAGGCAGCUGACACUCUCUAACAUUAGAGGUAAGGAAAAGUUUCCUUCGGCUUUCUAUGGCUAAUGCUCUAACAUGCAACACUCAACUUCUACUCUUCUUAUUGAAUUGACAGCUUCCUUUUACAAGUGAUAAGUGAGAUGUUGUGACGGAAUUCAUCUAUUACAAAACGAUUGCGCCAUGUUUGAUGAUGUGCAUAUGAAGUAUAAGCAUUGUGAGCCACGUUCAGAGUACAUGCAUUGCAUGUUUGAAAAAAUUACGAAAGCUCCCGAUGUCAUCUCUGUGAUUGGAGGCUUCUGCAUGGGAACUUGAGGUGGCAGAGUUGAUGGUACCUCGUUCCCAUGCGCGCAGCCGACCUCACUGCCUCUGUGAUUUUGUCGUGGUUGGGGUUGUGAGAGAACAUCCUGAAAAGGAGACAAGUUUCAGUCAUGAAGUUAGCUUUUAUGCAGCAGUGUCUCCAGAUAAACAUUGCCAGCUAUUGAUUAAAACAAGCCCACGAUGCCUGUGCUCAGCGGCCUUGGAAGAAUUAAAAAAAUAAAUAUUGACAAUAGACAUUGCCAGCGUUUGCCAAAUGUUUCAACUUUUGUAAUGGUGUUUAUUGUAUGCGAUAUAUAGUACCUGAUUUGUGGCAAUAAAAGGUUUUACUCA